AUGUUCCUCACAGCCGUUGCAAGACCAAGGUUUGAUAGUGCAAAGAAUGUUACAUUUUCUGGGAAGAUUGGUGUGUGGCCGUUUGUCAAAGAAAUGCCAGCACAAAGGAAGAGUGGUAACAGGCCUAAAGGUACCCUAGAGACUAAGAAUGUCAAAGUUGAUAGGGAUUUGAUGAGGGAGUUUCUCAUAGAAAAGGUACUACCAGCAAUUCGAGCUGCUUGGCCUGUAGAAGAUGCUGGACAGACUAUCUUCAUACAACAAGAUAACGCAAAGCCACACAUACUACCAAAUGAUCCGGCAUUCAAAGAAGCUGUAGCUAAUAUUGGAAUGGACAUCCGGCUGGUGCAGCAACCAGCGAAUAGCCCAGAUUUGAAUGUCCUUGAUCUAGGGUUCUUCAACUCCAUACAAUCUCUAACGGACUGCAGGAGCCCUAGAACACUACAAGAUCUCAUUCGUGACGUGCAGGAAGAAUUCGCUGGAUAUAAUGCAUCUACCUUGAACAAGAUUUUCCUAUCUCUACAGGCUUGUAUGACUGAAGUACUUAACCAUAGAGGAGGCAACGGGUAUAGUAUACCUCAUGCAAACAAGACAAGGCUAGAAGCCCUAAAAAUACUACCUACAAGCAUUGCUUGUCCUCUUGAAGUUUUUCAAAAUGCCCUAAAAGCACAAGCAGAAGUGGAGCAAGCACAAGAAGAAGCAAAGAAAGCAGAAGCGGCAAAGAAAGCAGAAGUGGCGAAGCAAGCAGAAGCAGCAAAGCAAGCACAAGAAGAAGCAAAGAAAGCGGAAGUAGAAGCAAAGAAAGCAGAAGCAAAGCAAGCACAUGCAGCUAAGAAAGCCGAAACGGAAGCAAAGAAAGCCGAAGCGGAAGCAAAGAAAGCAGAAGCAAAGCAAGCACAAGAAGCUAAGAAAGCCGAAGCGGAAGCAAAGAAAGCCGAAGCGGAAGCAAAGAAAGCAGAAGCAAAGCAAGCACAAGAAGCUAAGAAAGCCGAAGCGGAAGCAAAGAAAGCGGAAGCAGAAGCAAAGAAAGCAGAAGCAAAGCAAGCACAAGAAGCUAAGAAAGCCGAAGCGGAAGCAAAGAAAGCCGAAGCGGAAGCAAAGAAAGCGGAAGCAAAGCAAGUACAUGCAGCUAAGAAAGCCGAAGCGGAAGCAAAGAAAGCCGAAGCGGAAGCAAAGAAAGCGGAAGCAAAGCAAGUACAUGCAGCUAAGAAAGCCGAAGCGGAAGCAAAGAAAGCAGAAGCAAAGCAAUUACAGGCAGCUAAGAAAGCCGAAGCGGAAGCAAAGAAAGCAGAAGCGGCAAAGCAUCGGAAGCGCAAGAGAAUAGAAGUGGAGCAAGUAGAAGCACCAGCACAAGUAGAUACAGUAGAAGUAGCUACAACAGAAGCAAGCACAAGCAAUAAGCGCAGGCAACACAAGCUGAAUCAAGCACAUGCAAUACCUACAUCACAAGUAGCUACAAAGAUGGCACUAUGUGUAUGAGUAUAGAUGGAAUCGACCAAAAUGUGUACCGUACCACCUUGAAACUAUUGAUAGGAGUACCAGGUUGUAAUGUACUCUAAUGAACCA